AUGGCGGAUGAGAAUACCUACAUCUAUAGUGCUAUAUAUAUAGUUCUCUAUACUCUAUUCAAGUUAAAGAAGUGGUCGGAAAAUUGGUUGUUAAAAAGACAACAAUUUUCGCACGUAAAUUUAAUUAGUGAAUUAUCUGGAGAACCAGAUGACUUCAGGAACUAUCUUCGUAUGGACGAAGAGACAUACAGUUUACUACUGUCAUUAGUUUCCGAUACCAUUCAAAAACAAAAUACAGUUAUGAGAAACUUCAUAAGCCCUCAUGAAAGACUUACAGCAACAUUAAGGUUUUUAGCAACUGGCCGAAGCUGUACCGAUCUACAGUAUUCAACUAUAAUAUCAAAACCAGCACUCAGUAAAAUUAUUCCUGAGACAUGUGAUGCAAUUUAUUCUGCCCUUAAAGACACUUACUUAAAGUUUCCAAAGACAGAAUGUGAAUGGAAAAUUAUAGCAACAGAGUUUGAAGAAAAGUGGCAAUUUCCACAUUGUCUAGGAGUGGUCGACGGUAAGCACAUUCAAAUUGUUGCUCCUCCAGGAAGUGGAUCAUACUAUUAUAAUUAUAAACAUACAUUCAGUAUAGUAUUAAUGGCGAUCGUAAACGCAAAUUACGAAUUUGUUAUUUGCGAUGUGGGUACUAAUGGACGUGUAUCAGAUGGAGGAAUUAUUAACAGCACCAAGUUCUAUAAAAAUCUCCAGAGUGAAACUCUGAACUUACCAAAAGCAGAAAAUCCAUACAAUCAGAGAGAACUUACACUAGAACGUCGAAUAUUCAAUUAUCGUCUGUCGAGGGCUCGCCGAACAGUUGAAAACGUAUUUGACAAGGUCGUAAUGGCAUGUUACGUACUUCACAACUUUCUGAGGAAACGUAAUACAAUGACAUAUAUAUUAAAUUCGGACAUAGAUGUCGAAGAUAAUGAACUUGGGACACUUACAGCAGGAUUGAGAUCAGAUCAAAACAAUUUAUUAGAUCUUCAAAGAGGGCAAAAUAGACGAAGCUCAACUGAAGCAAAAAAUGUGCGGCAAGAUUUUGAAGAAUACUUUAAUAAUGAAGUUAAAGUUCCAUGGCAAAAUAGAAUUGUCUAA